AUGUCGGACCCAAGCGUUGAGCUCCAAUCUACACUCCGCAACCUAUCCAUAGGUGAAAAGGGCCCGGUGCAGGACAUCCGCCGACCAAGCACAAAGAAAGCCUCAACAUCCGCCCCCUCCAAGCCCCCAAAGGCCAAAAAACCGGUUGCUGAUUCCUGGGAAGAUGAGGCAGACCUCUCUGCUUCAGACUCGGAAGACACACCCCACAGUGGAACUACCGUCCUCUCACCAACGCUGAGCGCGGAGGGACCAUUGGAUCCCCCACCCACGCCAAUCUCCCCACAGACAUCCAAUCCGUGGGGUGGCAGAGCUGCUUCUCCUGCAGCGCAGGCCGGACCUGCCCGUCGCCCGGAGAAGCAGACUGCUGUCGCGGGACGGUUGAUUGCCGGUGCACUGGGUAUCCGUGCGCCGAAGCGGACCGAAGAGCAGCGGGCUUAUGACCGCUCUGUCAAGGAACAGGAGAUUCGGAGGAGGAAUAGGGAGCGGGAGGAACAGGCCAAGGCCAAGGCGGAGGAUGAGAAAUUGAAGACAGCUGUCUGGGACAGUUGA